GUUUGUGUAGAUCUUUUUUAAUAGUUUGUGUUGCCCCAAGAGGUUAUUAGAUAGUAGCUCAAGUAGACUUUAUUUGACACUACGCGCAUUGUUGGCCAUUUAUGGCAACUACAGUACAAAAUACUGCUGGUGAGUUACAGUUGACAGAUUAACAUCUCAUAUACAAAAAUGACUGUAAAUAACAUCUGUACAUUUAAAAAAAAAAAACUCCACUGUAUGCUGUGAUUAAGUAAUGUAAACCUAGAAAUAUGUUUAUAUCUAACCUAGAAAGUAAAAGACACAGCAGUCACUUUUGAAAAAUAAGAGGCUAAGACUUUAUUUAUCUCGAAGGAAAUUCUUUUGCCAGAGUUACAAAAUAUAGAAUACACACAGCAGCAUAGUAAUAAUAGUAACACUUAUAAUAAAACUCACCAGUAACAGUGCAUUACAAAGGGCAAAUUAAACACCACAUUACAAAGAACAUAUCAAUUGACAAAUAAUGCAUUUAAAACAAAGGAGGGGCCGUAUUGUGAUAGUCAAAAAAGUAUAUUUUGUGUAUAAGCAUUGUCUAAUGAUAUUGUGUUGGGGACAUAUUUCCCUAGGCCCAUGUAUUUAUCUGAGAGAAUGAUCAACCUUUUGCAUGACAAGUUAAAAAAGUAUAACCUCAAUCAUCAGCUGACGCCCAACAGGCAGGAACAGGGAGACAAAACCCUGAGAGCACAGCACCAAAGGUUAAAGCUGCUCAGUGAGUGCAGUACAGACUGAUAAACUGGGUCAAAGUGAUGUGCCUAGGGAAAUAUUUCCCUAACAUAUAGUAUUACUAUAAAACAUCCCUUGUUAUACUGUUACGCCCAGGUCUAUGGGAACCUAGGCGCAGCGCAACAUUUACACUCUCCCCACUCCCAAGAACAUGGACCCCGAGACAGAGAAUGCCCUUUGGUCAUUUUAAUUUCCAAAGGUUUUACAAAGCGGCGCAACAACCCACAAAACAAACUAAUCUCUGAACACAUAAAUAUUGCCAAACAAAUAAGAAAAAUAAACAUACAGGGUUCUUACCUACUCUGACGUAUAAACAGGAGAAAACAAGAAUCAACCAAAAGGAAAGGGUUUCACACUUACACACAAAUUAAAGCAUCCACAAGGACAGGUUAACGUAGUUUCUAUUUCUGAAGUUUCAAAACAAGCAAGAGUACCGGUGUACGGUAUAAGUAUGCACACAGCACAGAUAUAAAUUUAAAUACGCAACAGUGUUGGGAGUAGGAGAAGUCAGAGAGAGGGCAGAGGGACUGCAUGGCUGCAGCUUAAAUGCUCCCCUCUUCUUCAGGUGGACCAAUCAGCAGGUUGAAGGUAGCUAAUCAGCUAACAGGCACCACCUGCUUGCUCACCCACACAGACACAGGAAGGAAAAUUAUCUGCACACAAAUGACAUAACGACCCAGGGUCGUAACAAUACUGAUACUCAUUUUACUGAUGAUGUUGUAAAUGAGGCUCUAAAGCAACACACAGCAGAGCUGCUGGUUUUAGGUUCAGAAUGAUUUGUUGCUGUUUCUGAGCCUUCUAAAACAUUCAUUAACUGUUAGCUGAAUUAUUUACUGUGGUGCUGACUGAGUUACACACCAGCGUAACCAAGUAUCCUGUGUGUGUGUGUUUUUGUUUGUGUGUGCUUGUACACACAACAGGAAAUGCGUAUUUUUUGGAAAAACAUUUUGGCAGUGCUGCUUCUUGUCGGAGGAUUGUACUACAUGAGCCAAUCCAACUUCCUUAUUGCUGGCCAGUCACAGAAGGUGAUUACAAAUGAGUUAACAUGGAGUGUGCAGAGGCUGGUUAGUAAGGAGUCCUGGGUGGAGCAGGGGAAUUACCUCCCUCUCAAUGUGUCCUACCAGCUGCUGGCUGGAGCACCAUCUACUCAACAGAGGUUUUUAUCAGUAGGACUGUCCUCUGUGAAGAGGGCAAAGGGAAGCUAUCUCAUCCCCACCCUGCAGUCCCUCUUCUCCCAGUCUUCUCCUGAAGAGCGCUCUUCCAUGGUGGUGGUGGUGCUGCUAGCAGACUUCGAUGUCAGCUGGAGAGUCAGCACAGCGACUGAGAUCAAAACUGCAUUUGCCUUGGAGCUGGAGCAAGGCGAGCUGGUGGUCCUCCACGUUCCUCAGGAGAUGUACCCUCCUUAUACAGGUAUAGUACAUGUGUGCUCCUACCAGUGGACAUAUUCAUAAUAAUAAUAAACUUUAUUUAGAAAGCCGCCUUUCAAGGCUCUCAAGGUUGCCGACAAUCUACACAAAACACCAAACAAAACAAAUUAGCACAAAAACAACACAAUAUAAUCAUAAAAACAGAGGACGAGUGAUAUGAUCAGGGUGGAUAAGCCAGUGUGAAGUGAUGUGUUUUGAGACGUGAUGGGGGAAUAAAAUGCCAACAGGACACAUGUGGGCAAAGAGUUUGUGUGGGACAAUGUGGGACAAGUUACUGCGAUGCUAAGAGGGGGUUUACAUUUCAGUAAUGUCCUUCUGACCCUAAAAAAUAAAAAAUUCUAUUGAAACUAUUAGCUUAAAAAUAUAAUGCUUUAUAUAUUGAUUUGUUUGCACAAACUAUGCAAUUAAAGGACCAGAGGUGGGAAGUAACGAAGUACAUUUACUCAAGUACUGUACUUGAAUAAAAUGUUGAGGUACUCGUAAUAUAUUAAGUAUUGCCAUUUAAUGCUACUUUAUACUUCUAUUCCACCACAUUUAAAAUGGAAAUAAUGUAAUUUGUCUCCACUGCAUUCAUUUAACAGCUUUAUCUUCUUAUAACAAAAUGCAUCUCUUAAAGAGAGUCAAAUUAUAUACAUAUUUAACAAAAAGUCAACCAGAACUUCGUUUUUAGUCAAAUUCUACGUGAUGCAACAAUAUUAUCUGAAAAUGUCAUGUACAAAUAUAAUGAUAUACACACAUAAAGGUCAUUUAUGUAACUCUGCACAACUAUUACUUUUACUUUUUAUGAUUUAAGUUCAUUUUGCUGAUAAAACGUUUGUACUUUUAAUUAAAGAUUU